AUGGCAGAAACAAAGAUGCAGCUAGUUGAUUGGCUCGAUGACCUAUGUGUGCGCUUCAUCAUUAACCUCCCCAAGGAGGAGCUUGAGUCUGUAGAGCGGAUAUGCUUCCAGGUCGAGGAGGCCCAUUGGUUCUACGAGGAUUUCAUCCGCCCGCUUGACCCUUCGCUCCCGUCCAUGAGCCUGAAGCAGUUCUGCUUGUUGAUCUUCCAGCAUUGCCCGCUCUUUUCUGAGUACGCCGAAAGCUAUUAUUCCGCCGCCUACUCCGAGUUCCUGGCAUACAAGACUCGUGUUCCCGUUCGCGGUGCCAUUCUGCUCAACGAUGCCAUGGAUCAUGUCGUCCUUGUCAAAGGAUGGAAGAAAGGCGCAAGGUGGAGCUUUCCACGGGGCAAAAUAAACAAAGAUGAGGAUGACCUCGACUGUGCGGUCAGAGAAGUCUACGAGGAAACAGGGUUUGACGCCAAGGAAGCUGGCCUGAUCAAGGACCACUCCCAGAUGAAGUACAUUGAGGUUUCAAUGCGAGAACAGCACAUGCGGCUGUACGUCUUUCGUGGCGUCCCCAUGGAUACGUACUUUGAACCACGAACGCGGAAGGAGAUCAGUAAAAUCUCAUGGUACAAAAUCUCCGAGUUGCCGACCUUGAAGAAGAGGCAAAACCAAGGACAAGGAGCAGGAGAGAAUCUGUACAAGGAGAACAUGUUUUACAUGGUGGCACCAUUCCUCGGGCCUUUGAAGGGUUGGAUCAAGCAGCAGAACAAACUGGCCCGUCGUGCUCCGGCUGCACAUGCCGCUCUGGCACCAACCGAUGAAGAGGAGACUGCUGCUGAUGAAUCGGCGGUCGAGAGUACAGCUCAGCACCGCGUUUCUCCGGACACCCAUCUAGAGUCCCUGAUCGCAGGACUACGCCAAUCCAAACUCGAACCGGACACGACGAACUUGCCUGAAGUCACCACCGCACAGGACCCGUCACCCGAUCCUGCCUCUGCCUUGAAGCGCAUACUGAGCGUCAGCGGCCAAGGAGGAAUGGCUCCACCGCCACCCUCAGCCUCGCCAAACCCUCUUUUGGCACUUCUCCAAGGCGGGCAGAUGCAGCAGAUGCCAAUGAUGAAUACGUCCAGCAUUCCCGCGACGCCUUAUGAGCAGAUCAAUAUGAAUCCAAGCCAACCGGACACUCCUCAUCAUCAACCGCCCCGUCCACCUCAAUUCUCCAACAUGGCACCACCACCUCACUUUCCGUACUCGCCGGCUCACCAAGGGCUUCAUCAACGAAUCCCCAUGCCACAGCCGGGUAAUGGUUACUUUGCCGGUGCGAUGAAUAUGCCGCCACCUCCGGUCCCGAAUAUGAGACCACAACCUCCUCAGCAGCAGAGCAUCCCUGCUUGGCACCAGCAGCCUCCAUCGUACCACCAGCAGGAGUUCCCCCAGCAGGAGUUCCCCCAGCAGGGAUUCCAUCCCCAAGCCGCUGCGCCUCCUAGGCCAUACCAAAGAACUGGCGACCCAGAAUUUGCCCACGGCACUCCAUCUUCAGCUCCAGUGGCUCCGGCAAUUCCCCCGCCAUCGAAUCUCCCUGCGCCCAAGCUCAAUGCGCACACCCUGAGUCUUCUGAACGCGUUCAAAGGUGAACAGUCUGCAGUCCAGCAGUCUUCUCCGCAGCCGGCCAUUAGGCCAUUCACCGCGGCCUCAGAGAUUUACAAUUCCAACCGUCCUCAUCACCAGCAGCCCUCUGCAACUGUUCCAGAAGUGCUUCACAGCAGGCCAGACGAAAUGGCGCAGGAUAGCAACUACAUUGACGGCCAGCCUCCUCCGGUUGCGUUUGCUAAUAAGCCAAGGACUGCUCAAGCGGAUGCCUUGUUGGGUCUUUUCCGAAAGCCAUCAACAUCUGGUCCAGUCUCCCCCCCGCAAGAGAUGCCCGCACAGAGUCUGGUUCCUGAACCAGCCGAGCUGUCAGCGCAGAGCCCGAGCAUUGAUCGCCAGAAGCUUGCUAGUUCGCAAGGUGGCUACAUCUCUGCCGAGUCUCUCGAGCCCAAUGUCAACAUGGCAAACCACAACAAGGCCGGGGAAACAUCAGCGACCGUCUCAGGCCCUUUCAACGCCCCAGACUUUGAUCAACUUCGCAAGCAUACUAGGGUCUCUCAGUCGAACGGACGCGCUUCACCGCGGACCCAGGGAAGACCAACGUCUAGGCCUGAGCGCCAAGCAACACCGCAAUUCUCCAUCUUGUCGCGCCCUCGUCCGGAGGUUUCAGCCACGCCAAGCCCAAAGCAUACGCCAUCUGCACCAGUUCAGCGCAGGGACACAAGUUCACCGAGGAGCAUCUUGGAGGCACCCAAGCCUUUCGCUCCUCAUUUCACACCCCAGAUUCUACGCCGUCCUCAGAAUGCUAUGUCGCCAACCUCUUCGAGGCUCCAUUCGUUUGAUCGCAGAGAGAGUGCGUCUUCGGACCAGAAGUCUGCAUUGCUUUCGCUAUUCAGCAAGCCCCAGACGCAGAGCCCCAAGGGCUUCCCAUCUGGUGUCAUCAGUCCCGUAAGCCCGUUGCCAGAGAAGCAGCAUGGGUCUGGGGGUAGGUCUCGCAUCAGCAGCAUCAACUCAGUGCCUGGAGAAGGUCUUGGAUCAAGGAGCGCUAGGGGUAGUGUCAGUGGACAGCCUACUACACCAGUAGACAAGAGCUUUCUGCUUGGGUAUCUGAAUGGUGUUGUGAAGGACGCGGGAAAGCAAUAG